UUCCAGUAACCUCGUUUAUUGUGUGCUACGUAUGGGCCCCUUGAAUCGAAUAUGUGGACCACGAAUGAUAGUAUCCGGACAUUUAAUACUGGCGUCUGAUGUAGCGAUGUAAAUCUAUUUAUCUCCGCAGCGCUCGUGAUAUCAACUGACAGAUUGGUAUCCAGUAACGUUAUAACGUUCCGCACGGCUUCAUCCCAUCUCCAUUGAACUUCACACCAAUGGCUGAUUCAGAAAGCACGUCAACGUCUGAUGGAAAGCUGCACUGCCCACACACACCUCUCUCGCUUUCAUUACCUUUCCUGAGGGAGGGCAGUGGUCUUCUGGAGAGGAAACCUCCUCAGACGGGGGAACCUCUGAGUCCACUGCCAACCAAACGCACACGCACAUAUUCAGCAUCGGUGAGAGCCAAAUCUGGACCUGUUUACAAGGGCAUUUGCAAGAACUUUUCAAGGUCUCAAGGUCAUGGAUUCAUUCGGCCCUCCCAUGGAGGAGAAGACAUAUUUGUCCACAUCUCCGAUAUUGAGGGUGAAUAUGUCCCCAUGGAGGGGGAUGAGGUGACCUACAAAGUGUGUCCUGUUCCUCCCAAAAACAUAAAGUUUCAAGCAGUUGAAGUGGUCAUCACCAACCUUUCUUCCGGACGGAAACACGAGACCUGGUCUGGGCAAGUGAUCAGCUCGUAGCUCACACAUUCAAGCCUAAAACACUAAAAAAACGAGCAGAGAGAGAGGGAAAAGGGAUUGGUUUAACUUGAGGUGCUCAUGCUGGUGUUGUGUGUACGUAGGAUAGGGAUGGAAUAGCAAUUAGGGUUAUGCAACUGUUGUUUUCUCCAUCCUGGCAGAUAUACAUCAGAAAGAUGGUAAGAGAUCUGUUUGGGAAAAUGCUUUGUGAUUUAAGUCAGUCGAGAUUUGAUGCAGCAUUGGCAGAACAUAAUAUAACUGUGACACAAAAAGCAGCAGUGUUGCCCUUGUUUGUCAUCUUGUCAUUUGUAUGUACUUAAUCAUGUAUUUAUUUUCAUUUUAUGUACAGAGGCAGUUGAGUUCAUUGUGCUCAUGUGUAUGUUCAAGUCAUCUAUGUAAACUUGAUUUCCUAAACUAAAUGAAUGCACAUCAAUAUGAACUUCCAUUUCUUUAAUUGUAAUUGAUAGCACUGAUGGUGUUUGUUUUCUGUAAGAGAGCUACAAAUCCAAAAAUCACAGUGAUUAAUUUUGUCAAGAACAAUGCUUCUUACGAUAAUUCUAAUAAAACUGAAAUAACAGUCAA